AUGGGAACGACCGAGGACCGGCGGCGAAUGGGUAGGAUUCAGGUGGGGCCGAUCGUAGACGUGGAAGAGAUAGAGAUAGGAGGAGAUGGGGACACGGAUAAGGUGGCGGCGAGGAACGCGAGAGCGGUCCGCACCAGCGAUGACUAUCAGCGACGACGACGACGACGACGACGACCUUCAACAGAAACGAAGCUGUUGGGGAACUUGUGUACAGAUAUGUGGACAUGCCGUGCGACCACGAGGAGGGCAGCGACAGGCGGUGACGGUGCUGAGAACCGGCAGGGAAGGCGAGGAAGAGACAAUGAUCUAAUCAGCAUCUCCGAACACCUAUAG